AUGGGUCGCGGUGGACGAUCACAACAAGAAGAAAAGACUCCUUUAUCAUCCGACAUUCGUGUGCAGCCGCAGGCAGGCACAGCUCCCCCUCCUGACCAGGGACAAAAUGGACAAAGUAGCCAGGCGACUCAGUCCCGGCAAAGCGGACAGCAAAAGCAACGCAAAAAUCGCAAGAACGAGCAAUGGGGAGAUACUUCGAGAGAGCCUCACUACGACAGCGACAAGAUGCGAGAGAAGCCGGGAACUCGCAAGGGCGCCCUGUUCAGAUACUAUGCGACGCAGGCGGAGUUUUAUGCACUUCCUGUCGCUCCUGGGUCUGAAGAAGUACAGCUGAUACAGGGAGAACAUUGGGUCUUCUCAAGCCGUGACAGUCGCAAGGGAAGGUCAGUGUUUUCCCUGGGCGGCAGCCUCCGUAUGGUAUGAUACUAAUCCGGCAUGACUUCCAGACAUGCAGUGGUUGUGAGACUUCCUCGCGAUCAACCCGGAUCGCAGCAAUGGAAGCCAACCAACGACUUCAAGGGAACUAUGCGAACCAUCGGCAACAUGUUCUAUCUGAAGGAACGCUUGACAGAACUCAGCUACUAGAUCUUCCUGGUGUUUCUCGUCGGAAGCAUCUUCUGGAUCAUCACUUCAGUCUUUUCUCUUUUGCCUCUCUUUCGACCGGAAGUAUUGCCUCAGAAGUACCUGGACGACUUUAGUACUGUCACUGGUCUGGUUGGAUCGAUUGUCUUUCAAAUUGGAGCUGUACUGCUGAUAUUUGAGUCUUUCAACGAUGGGCACCUGGAAUGUUACCCUCGGGGCAAGUUAAUACGAUCAGAAGAUGGUGUUGAAAGCGUGUAAGUAUUCUCUCCAGCGCCUCCCAAACACGAAGAAUCAUAUCUUCCUUCCCGAACGAGCUAGCCUGGGCUGAGUCUGCGGAAACUCGCGCGCCGUCGAUUCGGGGCAAACCCUGCUAGAAUCGACUACUGAACCUGCGAAGAAGCUGAGAUUCUGUCAUUGAGAAUGUAUUAGCUAACAUUUGCAGUGAAACCAAGUGGGACACCGAGAAACCCCACUGUGUCAACGAAAACCGCAGGAUUUGGGGGAACAGGAUUCCAUGGCCAACUAAGCAAUCGAUCAAGACUCAUUAUUGGUACAACAUGGGCUUCUUGGCAGCACUUUACCAGAACGCUGGAUCCAUCAUCUUUCUCGCCUCCAAUCUCUGUCGCUACAAAGGUCUCUACGCACAUCUCACCACUCGCGCGCAGGAAGACGGUGCUGUAUGGGCAAUCAAAAUCGUGGCCUGCGCUCUGUUCACUUAUUCAGGACUGUUGAAUGUAUGGGAGACGCAACCGAAGAGAACAACGCUACGACCAGAUUUAAUCGGCUGGUGGGUUGGAGUUUUCAAAGUCGUCGGCGCCAUAUUUUUCUUGGUCUGCUCGGCCUUUGGUCCCGUGUAUGUGCACACUGCGAAGACAUGGGCUGCUAUUUCAUCGGCAGCUUUGGCUUUGGCAGGUAAGGAACCCGAACCAUGGCUGCGGAAGGCGAGCAAUACUGAUGAGAAAUGCUUCAGGCUCCUCUUGUUUCUUGUUGGCAAGUCUUUUGUUGGGGUUCGAGUGCAGUCAGCCGACGCCAACCAUUAUAAUACCACUCAGCGAUGACGAGGCUCAGCAGUACUACCAAGACCGGGACAAUGCUGCUCAAGCAAACGCCAUCCGGGAUGGCGCUCUACAGCAAGAAAUUCUUGAGAUGAGUGGCCCAUUGAAUCCUGCUACUCAGAGCAGUUCUGCACAGGCCGAAAGCCCUCAGCACGAUGGCGCGCGUCCUCGCGAGAGAAACGUUCGAGAUGGUGAUGACCCUUCCCAACACAUCGAAAACGGCACGUCGCAAGGUCCGCAGAGACACGAGGCUCGAGCACGGCGAAGAUUGUUCAAGAAGAAGCCGGAGCGAAAAGAGCAACAAACACAGUCCGUCCUCGAGCAAGUUAAUGGCACGGGCCCGAGUCAUGGGCAUAGCAUACCACCGCUUCCGGAGCUGGAAGCCCGGGAAAUCGGUCGAGGUGAUGGUGACCAGGCCGACCACGUCGAGAACCGACCACCGCGAAGAAUGUAUCCACUCUAUGAUUAG